CAAAAAACCUACGUACGAAUUCGCUGUUCGUGACUAAUUGCAGCAUAAGUUUGUUUACCAAUAGUUUGCUUCUGGACUGCAAUAUCUACAAAAUUUGUUUAUUUAUUAUAAACAUUUUUCCUUCGUAUCCUGUAACAAGACUUUCCCCACAUGACUGCCGAAGAUAAUUCCGUAGAGUGUUUUAACUCAAAUAACGAAGAGUUUUUUAUACCGGGGGCUGAAGAAUUGGAAAACCUCUAUGUGAUGCUAGAGAAGGGUACAAUACCGGAGUUGCAGUGGCAAUUUCCAGGUCGUCAACCAAUAUGUACGGAAACGACUGGAUCAACACCUAAAAUUGAACCAACAGCAACAGCGAAUGCUGAAUCAGAACCGGCAGCUAAAAACGACUUUGACUUUAGUGACGAUGUAGCACAACCUCAAAUGCGAGUGAGGAGUCAAAACUCAACACCAAAAUCUACGAAAAAGAAAAUUGCAAAUUUUGCGGGUGUCAUGGAAGUACUAAAGAAGAAAAACGCAGAGGGAUCUUCAUAACAAAUAGCCGUGGCCCAGUGUGCCUAUAACCAAUAAACAGUUAGUCCGAAGUGUGUGGUUAAAAGUACCGCUUGCUUGUUUUAAUAAUAUUUCUGUAGAUUAAAAGUAGAGGCCUUAGUAAAGACGGCUUUCCGGCAAUUCAA